AUGGGGACGGCAAAGCAAGCCCGUGCUGAAGCCUACGAAGCCACGAAGCCUUCCCCCGACCGCGGUGCCGCCCAGGAAUUCCUCAGCGCCACUGGCCUCUCUGCCUCUGAGUCUGCCGUUCCUGACUGGCAACAGUCGCAGCUACUUUCCACGAUCGCGCAAUGGCUUGAUUCUGCCCGUGACCCUUUGUCCUCACCUUAA